GCAUCUUGACACAAGUGAAAAUUCUUGAAGAGAUAUACAUGUACAAACAAACAAACAGUAACUCAUUAAAGAGAGAGAGAAACAUGAAUCAGCUUAAUUUUUUUUUCCUUUAUAUUAUCUUAUAGCUAGGACUGCCAUUUAGAGAUGCGGAUGAGUUUCACUCCAAAGAAAACAAAGAGAAAAUGUCUAAUGGAAUCCCUCUGACUGACCAGGAUAGACUUCCAUGGUUAUUAGCAAUAAACAAGUACAUGAAAGGAUUGUCAAAAGAGGGGAAAUCUGGUGUUGUUACUUGCUCAGCACUAAAGAAAGUAUACAGAGAUGUCUUGGUAAAUGGUUGUUCAUCUGAGGAUCCGAUUCCUGACAUUUUGUUUGUCCUUUUACAUGGUGACAGGGCGGUGAUCCAGGGCAGAUUAAACAGUCGCUUUGGUCAUUUCUUGCCGCCCUCUCUACUAGACUCUCAGUUAGCUACUCUAGAAAUUCCAACCAUAGAUGAAAAAUGUAUCCAAGUGGACAUCAAAGUGCCUCCAGCUGAAAUUGUGGAUCAAAUUCGAGAAAACAAAUCUCUUGCUUUGAUUAUCAUAUUACCAUUCAUUAUGUGGAUUCUAUAA